AGGCAACCAACAGGCGAACCAACAUGAGGAGCAUACAGACCAACCGGCCGCAUAGGAUAACCGCCCAGCUCCAACCAAUAGCUACGGCACAGCCCCAUAAACACGAAGAUCAUAGCCCCUCGGGCGUUCCCCUCAUUUCUUGCCAGUGCGUUCUCACCCCCAGCCCAACUUUUACCAAUCUUUGUCUUUCUUCUCCUCUCCCGACUCGAUAACCAACCUCGCUACUGUUUCGCACCACCAACAAAAUUCUCAGAAAGAAAGGCAUCACUCGCGAUGGCUGAAGCCCUCGGGCUAGCCUCAAGCGUCAUCGCUGUCGUCGAAUUGACAGGCAAAGUUGCAGGAGCCUCGAUCAAGCUCAUCAACCUGUGGAAAGAGAUCAAAAAUGUUCCAGUUGAGCUUCUUGAGAAAGUCGAGCGGCUCCGGGACUUUGAAGACUUUCUCCUGGAGACAGAAAGCCAGGCUGCCAGUAGUCCGCUUCCACAGCAAGCUUGGAACAGCGCUCUCUUGCAAAAGUAUAUCGCCAGAACCCGGGCUGUGUUGAAGGACCUGCAGGACAUGGUCGAUCAGCUGUACGCCCAGGUCACGGAUCCACGAAAGUUGAAGAGAAAGUUGGCGUCGACAAAGGUUGUUCUUCGAAAGGAGGACCUUUCUGCUUUGGACUCGAAGCUCAAUUUGGCGUUGGAGCUGUUCAAGCUGGCUCGCGAGCAGUAUUUGACAUCACUGAUGUCAUACUCUGUGAUGGUUCAACUACAGCAGUCGUCUGACAUAAAGUCUAUUCAGAUGUCCCCUGGACAAGUUGCCAGUCGAGGUCAAACUGAGGACAACUCGGUUGACUGCGGCACGAACACCAACCAAUCCCUUAUUGUCAAAGCGCCAGCCAUGGCAACCUUUUCUCACAGACGAACCAUGUUUGGCAGAAUCGGUCUAUCCUGGAAAUCAGACGUCGGCUAUAAACUGCACGCGCAGCCACCUAGUUGGCUUGCGGGAUCAGUAUAUUCAGUCCUGGCGCAAAAAAGUCUAUGUGGCUGGCAACUGAGCCUCAGAUCUUACGAAGUCGUCGAAUAUUUUAGCGACGAAUUGUUUGCAGCCAUGUGGAGUGAUAACUGUCCUGCAUUUUUCAAAAGAUUGCAUAACCAAAAUAUGUCACCGUUCGUUCGAGUAGGAGAUGGAUCAACUUUGCUCGAGUUUGCAUUUCAACAGGGGUCUUUGAAUAUAAUCAAAAAGCUACUAGAGUGCGGUCUAGGAUCGUGUGUGCUGGAGAACUCUUCAAAAUCCAAUCGCAGGUGAAGACAACCUUCUCUUUUUCUCACUUCAAUCCUCUGACAGUUGAUAGCUAUCCAUGGGUUAUCGACUCGUUGGCAUGGUUCUGGGUAUAUAAAGAAGCAAACUGUGGGAAAAUACAUACAGCGCUUGUCGAACUUUCGAAAUAUGGCCUGGAUGAUUUUCUAGAGGGCCCUGAAGUUUUUGACGUCUAUUGCGAAGCGUUCCCAGCGAUCGCAGGGUUUCGAGUUUUGUCGGAAUAUGCGGGUCGCCGUCGUUACCAAUCGUUUCCAUUCAAAAAAAGGCUGCAACAUUUCCGGGCAAUAGUCUGGAGGGCCCAAGAUGGUCAAUUAUCCUUGGAUGAGUUACAUUUCCUACUACCAGAGACUAAGAAUCUCACCAUUGAUGAUCUCAUGUCAUCACGAUCAACCGGUUAUUGCUCCCUCUUUCACUCAUUGGCUUAUGGCUUAGUCCGCCAGCCUGUUAAGCCGUACGAUACCAACCGAGAGCCGAUGUCACAGAUACAAUGGUGCGGACUUCUCAGAACCUGCCUCCAACUUGACCCCGCUGGUCUUCAUCAUCUUGAAGUGGCCGAAUUCCACGAUUCCGCAAUUACCAGAUUUCAAACCCCGUUCUCAUUUCUAAUUGAUCAUGCCCCUCAUGGCUUGUUUGAUUUUAUACCAAGCGGUCGAUGGCCCUCAUUUUUCCAACGUAUACAGAGUGGAAUGUCAGCUUGGCUGGAUGUUUUAACCUUGAAUGGGACUGAUCUCUUAGAAUAUGGGCGCAAAGAAAGACGGCUUCAUGAUGAAGGCCUGAUAUUUCUGCAUGCGCAUUACGAAAUUUCUCACCUGUCACUUCGGCUUCGUCUCCUUGGUAUUACUUAUGGAAAAUCGAAAGAUGAUUGGAGGUUUUGGUGGGUUCACGAAUAUGAGCAUUAUGUAGGCGACUUUUGGGACAUGGUUCAUCAGGUGGAUCUGGACGUGAAAGUCCCUGGCAGCUGGGUAGACGAGAGCGAUCAUGAUCAUUAUAGUCCCUAUAUGGAGGAGAGACCAAGAGGGGAAUGGUUCUUCGAGGAGCACAUGCCAGUGAUAUGGUCUGAACAUCGCGAGGUAAAAGCACCGCUCUGAGUAUAAGAAUAGAAAACUCCC